AUGUCCGCUCCUCAAACUACCCAAGUCGAGGUCAUCCAGCAAGGUGACGGUAAGACCUUCCCUAAGGUUGGUGACACUGUCACCAUCCACUACACCGGUACCUUGGAAAACGGAAAGAAGUUUGACUCUUCUCGUGACAGAGGUAAGGCUUUCCAGUGCACAAUUGGCGUCGGUCAAGUCAUCAAGGGCUGGGACACUGGUAUCCCAAAGUUGUCUGUUGGUACCCAGGCCAAGUUGACUAUCCCAGGUCACGAGGCUUACGGUCCAAGAGGCUUCCCAGGCUUGAUUCCUCCAAACGCCACUUUGGUUUUCGAUGUUGAAUUGUUGGGUGUCAACUAA